AAUCACCGCAAUCGAGCAAUCGUCGCCGCGGCUGCCGACCUCAAUUGCAACCGGUUGUUUCCGGCGGUAAAAGGAAUCGACCGGCGCCACCCCCGCCACCACAACCGAUAUCCUACAGGGUCAAUGCCAAGGAUGGAAUCGACAGGUACUUCGACUGGCCGAACAAAGAGAACACGCCCGGAAAUGCCGUGAAUCGUUGUAAGGACGACCACCAAACGAACCAAAUCCAAGUAAACGAGGAAGCGAUAAUGGGCUCGAACUUAAGCAGACAUAACGGAAAGGGCCUUACUGGCCGGCGCACUCAAUCUUCCGGAAACUUGUGCGAGCCCAAGGGGAAACUCAACAGUAUGGGGAAGAUACUAGUACCCUGUUCUAGCGCGCAGAAAGAAAGGUAUAAAUUUUGCGGUUCUCUACCAAACCACUUGGACGAUAAAGAUGCGCUGGAUGACGAUCGAGGAGAUAAUAAUAACAUCUCGUCCGAAAAUGUUGGCGGAAAUUUCGGCGGCACAUUACCACACAAGAAACGCUCGUUAGGAGUGCACUUCUCGGACAGCGGACCGACCGGCACUUUGGAUCUCGUUAAACAUCGAUCGCAGGACUCUUUGGACGAGAACGAUCCUUGGAGGUAUCAACAGAGUGACCUCGACCUCGUGCGAACCCGUCAUGGUAACUUUGACUCGGUCAAGAGAAAUCGCAGCGCCGACACUGUGCUAGUCGAUUCCGGCAGAAGAUACGGAGGUCGCGGCAUGUCCUCGGAGGACAGAUACCACCGGAAUUCGGACCUCGACCUAGUCGGCACGCUGCCGAAACGCAAGCAGGACGCUAGAAACAGCAGCGGUAGGAGUCUGCAAUCGAACUCGUCGUCCUCGCAGCCGUGCAUAAUGAACGCCACCACCGACGUCAACGACGAGCUGUUGAUGAAGAUGGUGCAUAAGCCCGAUUGUGAACUGCUCAAGCAUCGUCAGCAUCUCAGCAAGUGCGUCGAUUUAAAACUGAGCAAACUAAGCGGUGAGCCGCAGGAUCAGGGAUACGCGUCCGAGCGUUCGCCAGAGGACGAGCAUCCGCCGUCGUUGCCAGGCCAACCGUUUCCAAAUGUGACACUUGAGAGUACAUUCCAAGUGACGCUACAGAAAAGCAGUCGCGGUCUUGGCUUGAGCGUUUCCGGUGGCGGCACCGCGGGGCCCAUCAGGGUGAAAAGGCUCUUUCCUCAACAACCUGCCGCCCUUUCCAACAAACUUCAAACCGGCGAUAUACUACUGGCUGCCAACGGGAGGCCGCUGACUGGUCUCACCAAUUACGAGGCUCUCGAAGUUCUGCGUAUGACGCCUAGCACGGUGGAGCUAGUGGUAUGUCGACUUCCAGGAGAUAGUAAUGUCACGCCACCCGGUGCACCACCGCCACCCCCGGCAAGGAGAGAACCGCCGCCACCGUUACGUUUACUCAAUCCCCUGCCGCCCCUACAAAUCGAACCCUGCGGCGAGUUUGAUAUCGAAAUGACAAAGGUCGGCGGCAGUCUUGGUUUCACUCUAAGAAAGGCAGACAGUAGUGCCCUGGGUCAUUAUGUGCGUGCACUAGUCCGAGAACCAGCGUUGAGCGACGGCAGAAUCCGACCGGGUGAUAAGAUUGUCGCGGUUGACGGUGCACCGCUGUCACCGAUGAGUCACGAGGAAGCGGUCCAGCUGCUGCGACAAUGCGGACCGACGGUAAAGCUGCGACUGUAUCGCGAUCUGGCGCAAACCCCGGUAUCGGCGCUCUCGCCUACUGAACCUGAUCACCCUCUCCGUCCACCACGAACAAGCUUGAGACAAGAAGCUGUGGAUAUGUUAUGUGACUUAGCAGUCCGGAAACUGUCACCUGGUGCAUCGAGUGGAUCUAGUAUCUGCAAGCAACAAUCACCUGGUGCGUCGUGUAAUUCGCCUCGAAGACUACGUCGACUUGCCACACGUACUCCCACUGCCGAAACCGAUCGAGAAAUUCCCGAGAGCAAAUUGCACGACGUGCAAACGACGUCGUCGACGGCCAGCCAGGCGGAGACCACAUCAGACUCGGACCAGUGCUCCGUCAGGACGCAAAUCACCAAUUCCCAGGCGAACACACCUGCGACCGACAUAAUCGAUCCGCCACCACUCUACGACGUCUGCGAUGUCGACGACGAGUCGAAGACAAUGUCGAACAAUGCAGCAGCCAGGCCUCGCUUUCUCGAUUUAUCAGCGCCGCAAGGUAAACCGCAUUUCCAGUUUUGCAGCAUUGAUUCAGACGGCGAAUAUCCAGGGGACGGCGACGUGAUCCUGGCUGAGGCUGAGCACGGCCGGUUGGCUGAACCGAGCUACAACAAUGACAGAAGCGUGACAGUGCUGUCAAGCGACGAGCAUGACAACGAUCUGCCAUCCGAGCCGGCUUCAAUGCCACCGGUUCUUUCGUCCACCAGUAGCACCAGCACUGGUGCCUUCAGCUACAAGAAUCCGGCUUACCAGAGCGCCAAUCCAGCCUGCGGCAGCGCCGGCAGUGAUCCGGCUGGAACCAAGAACAAGACUACACACUCGAGUGAUCAGGACAUUCCAGGAAAGAUCUUGGGAACGGACGAUCCAGGCGGUAGCAAGGGACUAUUGAAGUGGAAAGGCGUGAUGUUUGCUCCAAACGACGAGGUAGAUCAAGACACCGAACACGAUAGGGAAGAAACUGGGAGAGACACCACGGAUUCGGUCGCUCCCACCGAAGACGUUCAACAAGGCAGUGAGGUGUUCAUGGUGGAGUUGACGCGUGGGUGGAACAGCCGACUGGGCUUUAGUUUGCAGGCGGAAGGAAAUCGUACAGUGAUAUCGGUCGUACAUCGCGAUAGUGUUGCUGCCAAAGAUGGCAGACUUAAACAAGGCGACGUGUUACUGAUGGUUAACGAGGAGAGUGUUGAACAUAUGUCAACAGCUGAUAUAAUAGAUCUAUUGCGCAAAAUACGCGGCUCAAUAGGCAUCACGGUGAUGAGGAAAUCCAAACAGAGUAAUGUAACGUGACACUAGUCC